ACAUUAUAUUAUAACAACUAUAAAUCAAUCCGAAUAGAUUUCGACUUAAAAAACAACAAAAACUAAACAAUAAAAUGUUCAUUAUUUCAGCCAUCCAAAAAAGAAUAAAGGCCAUAUGAAAUAUAUAAAUAUCCAUGUGUAGUAUAUUGUCAUGGAAAUAGUGGUUCAAGAAAAGAUGCAUUAGACUAUCUAAAAGAUUUUAUAUCUGAGGGAAUAGGCUUAUGUUGUUUUGAUUUUUCAGGAUCAGGGAUGAGUGGAGGAGAAUGGGUAACAUAUGGAUAUAAUGAAUAAAAUGAUUUAGAAUGUGUAGUUCAGCAUUUAAAAAAAAACGAAAAAAUAACCCAUUUGGGAUUAUUUGGUAGAAGUAUGGGAGGAUUUAUAAGUCUUUUGUAUAGUUCAAGAGACGAAAAUAUAAAAGGAAUAGUUACAGAUAGUGCUUUUAUAAAUUUAAAAUAAGUUCUUUUAGAAGUGGGUUAGUAAAAGA